AUGUCCCUUCCCAACAAAGCUUUGAUUUACAAUAAGGUGCCUACAGGUCUACCAGUUGCGGGGCAAGACCUGAUCGUGAAAGAACGAUCUUUUGAUAUUGACCAGCAGCCUCCAGAUGGAGGAGCAACAGUGCGCCAGCUCUAUGUCAGCCUCGACCCCUACAUGCGGGGCCGAAUGCGUGACCCCGCCAUUAAGUCUUACAAUAUGCCAUACGAACUUGGAGAACCUAUCACGGCCUUCUGUCUGGUGCAGAUAAUCAAGUCGGAUCAUCCCGAGUAUCAGGCAGGCGAUCUGGUGUUCAGUCUCUUGGCCGUGGAGGAGUAUACCAUUGCGACAAAGAAAGACUUAGAUGGGGACCAAACGUAUAAGAUCGACAACAAGCAUAAUCUCCCGCUCUCAAAUUUCGUCGGUAUACUAGGGAUGCCCGGUAUCACAGCCUAUGCCAGUCUUUAUGAAAUCGGAGCCCCUAAAAAGGGCGAGACGAUCUUCGUUUCCUCUGCUGCAGGCGCAGUGGGACAGGUUGUCGGUCAGCUUGCCAAACACGAGGGCCUUCGAGUGAUUGGCAGCGUUGGAGAUGACGAAAAACUGAAAUUUAUUACCGAGGAUCUUGGCUUUGAUGGCGGGUUCAAUUACAAGAAGGAAAAGCCCGCCGAUGCGUUGGCAAGACUGGCACCAGACGGUAUCGAUAUUUACUAUGAGAAUGUCGGAGGUGAGCAGUUGGAGGCUGCCCUGGAUGCAAUGAAUUUCUUUGGAAGAAUUGUCGCCUGCGGCAUGGUAUCUCAGUACAAUCUGGCGCCGGACGCGAGAUACGGAAUCAAGAAUCUUGGCCAGGUUGUCUCAAAGCGCAUCAAAAUGCAGGGAUUUAUCCAAGGAGACCCCAAUAUGCGACCCAAAUAUUACAAAGAGCGAGACGAGAAGGUGUCGGCGUGGCUGGCGGACGGAAGCAUUAAGACAAGAGAGGAUGUUAGUAUCGGGAUCGAGCAUGGCCCUGAAGCAUUUAUUGCAAUGUUGAGUGGAAAAAACAAAGGCAAAGCAGUUCUUAAAAUCGCGGACCCUGAGUGA